CCCCGCGCUGCCGCAUGCACCACAGGACUCGCAGCGGAAUGACGACCGUACGCAUGCUGCCAAAACCGUGCGCGUACUUCAAACUGCACAGCCAGGGCCGGCACAGGCACUGCAAUGCUUCCUCGCGGUCCUCACAUUCGAUCACUCGACACCAAGAUAACCGUGCACAGGGCCGGCCGUUCCCUGGAAAGCCCCGACUGGAUUGCAGUGAGCAGACCAGCGAGUGGAAGCGUACGCAAUGUCUCACGUCGAGAUCCGACCUUCCUCCCUUUUCAAAAUCGAACCCGGGCUGCAACACAGGCAGAGCAUGAUGGCUGCGCGCUGCCGGAUCAGCGUCCACGCGAAUCUCGUGAAUUCAAGCCGUCGGCCGGUGCUGCGGAAGAGCGCACGCCGCCAGGCUUCCAGCGAAUACCAUCCGUACGCGGCCUCCGAGUCGCACGUCGAGUCGGCACCCUCAUAGAACGGAAGAGUGCAUGGGGUUGGGCUCCUGGGAGGAUUUCAUUAGUACGCGGCCUCCCACGUCGAGGCUCUCGUAGGUGAGACCGGGCUGCGACAUUAGCGGAGAACGAUGGGCACCGUGGGUUCUGGUGCUCACAGCCGUAUUGCGCGCUUCUGGAUCGAUGUCUGCGCGAACCAUGAACAGGCCGCUUCCACUUAUUGCGACGCUUCUUCGAGGUCCAGAAGAGACCUACUACAGUGCGUUGAUCAUCAGACAGUCAGCACAUC